AUGAGACUUCGAAGUAAUCGAAAUACUGAGCAGCCCAAUGCAAUUUCGGAGCAGUUCCCCCCCAAUCCACUGCAACCGUUGAGAACUGAAGGAAAAAGAACAAAAAGGAUGGCACCUGCCAAUCGAGAUGAAAAGUCGGCAAAAAGAAAGGAUUUGAAUGCACCGACAACUUCCGGCUGUAGCUCAACAACUCAUCACCAUCAUCAGCAACAACAACCUCCCGUUAAUAGCGAUAGCGGUGCACAGUUAGGAAAACGUAGAAGUAAUAAAUCGAAUAGAGGAAAAGCUGAAAAAAUGCAAGAGGACAAUGUUCAGGAGGAUAUCAGUUCCAUUCCAGACCACGUUCUGAUCUCAAUUUUCACGCUGUUACCUAUUGUGGAUCGCAUAAGAAUAGAACGAGUUUGCCGCCGAUGGCGUCACAUUGCCAAAAAUUAUUCAUGGACAAUGACAACCGAAUUCUCCUACUCGUCACUUAUUGGUGAUAAGGAGUGUUCACUGCCUUGCUUGAUUGAACGUCCGGUGGUUGGCAACAAAGAAAUAAAAUCUUUGGCACAGCGCUGCGGUGAUCAUUUGCUUGAAAUGGAUUUACAUGCAUUCAGGGAUACGUUAACAUAUAAUGUUUGCAUGUGCUUCGCCAUACAUUGUCCAAAUUUGACUGUUCUGAAUAUGUAUGGUAUUCAGUUGACCAAUUCAUCCUUGAAAUCACUCGGAAGACACUGUCCAAAUCUGGAAAUCGUUAAUUUCCAUCGAUGUUUCCAGGAAAGCGUUGUGGAGCGAGGGCUUACAUCGUUUUUUUCUAAGUGCCAAAAUUUGAAAGAGGUCGAUGUAGGUGAGAAUGAACGCCUUACUGGUCUGCCAUCAUUUACCGUCUUGCCACGAUCCAUCAUUAAUUUGAAAAUUGGUGGAUGCUUUCGAUUGACUGCAGCAUCACUAUUCGCUAUAAGAGAUAGAUGCCCGGAUCUAGUAGCUCUAACGAUGAACAGUGUUGACAAUAUAUCACCUGCUCAUUUGAACAGCUUUUUUGCUUCACUUCCCAAGUUGGAACUGCUUAAAUUUGGUGAAUGUUAUGUUUCGCAUACGCUUGGAGGAAUUGAGAUAAAUUUCAGUCUGAUGAGGAAUCUUACUGAACUAACUGUUUAUGACAAUUUGCUGAUGACAGAUGAGGCAACUUUUAAUCGUUUUGUGAGCAAUGUUGGGCUGCGUGAGCUUGCAAAACUGCCAUAUCUUAGUCACUUAAAUCUGUCUUAUAUGAGAGUGGUAGAUGAUCAGACAAUUCGAAUAAUCGCAGAAAAGGGCACCUUACAGACUGUCCUUCUGCAUCGGUGUGAUGAGAUCUCGGAUGAAGCAGUCAAAAUGCUGUUGAAACAUUGUCCGGUUAGUUUGGAUAAUUUUAGUUUUGUUGCUGAUUUUAGAAGUCCUUAUGAGAUUCCGCUUGCCGUGAAAUCGAUCUGCAAAACAGUUUCUAAGUUCUUAACUGCGCUUGAUAUUUCAUUCUGCCCGAAGGUUACUGAUGAAUCAAUGGAAGGAAUGGUUAGUUAUGUAUCAAAGCGACAAGAAAGAGAGGCAUUACUGCCAACGUCAAGCAGAGGACACACAACACCGCUAACGGAAGUGGUGACGAAAAUGAGACGACAUGAACGAAGUUUGCAGGCGCUGAUGGAUGCAGAUUUUGAGCGUCACUUGAUGCGCUUCGAGAAUUUUCGCUAUCGUUUCGGGAAUACAUCGGAUUAUUCAACGAACCCGUUAUAUGAUAUCCGUCAUAUGGGUCGCUAUAAACCGAAUCCAGAUGGCUUCACUGAACUACAUGUCUGGACUGCCCAUAGUAGCAUAACUCGACCAUAUCCAAGGACACAUCCAUUGCUGAAAGUAGAUGAUCGCGACUCGAUCGCGGAGCAGAGCUCAUCCAUUUUUGAAUUCAGUGUUGUGAUUAGAAUAAAUUAG